AUGAAUUCAAAACACCAAUCACCGAAAGUAGAGCUUGAGUCUAGCUCCAAGGAUACCAUCACAUGCUCUAUUACCCAGCAAAUAGCCACAGAUAGUGCCUCUAGCACGACUGGAUCGAUGCUACGGCUUUCAUUAUGCGUCUCGUUUGCCGCAUGGAUCUCGAAUUUUGACAAUGGCUACGCCGGCACAGUCUUAAUCAUGCCUUCUUACAAACACGCAUUUGGAAGCUGUGAGCAAGUCUUAGACCCGAACACCUAUGCCAAAAUCCAGCAUUGCUCAUUGACGCCACUGCAGCAAUCCCUCAUCAGCCUCAACUUUCUGUUCAUCGCCAUGGGAGGCGGGAUUGCGGGCGUGACCGGUCAAUAUAUAGGACGUAGGGGAUCAAUCCAGGCUGGAUGCACAUUUGCUAUUAUCGGUGCCGCUGGAAUGCUUGGCACCAGUGGAAGCUUUUUGCGCUACAUGGUGUGCAGAUCGAUUAGUGCUGUGGGAAUUGGACAGCUGAUGGCGGCCAGUGUGACAUAUGGCUCCGAGUGCAUCGUCGCUAGCAAGCGUGGCCUGUCAUUAGGAUUAUAUAGUGUUGGACUCGCCGGGGGGAAUGUUGCUGCUUUUGCUGUGUGUGCAGGCUCUGCACGACUGGAGCCAACCAAUGACUGGCAGUGGAAGACACCCAUUCUAUGCCAGAUACCCCUAGGUGCUAUUCUCGGUGCUGGAAUUUUAAUGCUUCCUGAGUCUCCGCGCUGGCUCAUGGGACAUGGUCGAGAGGAGGAGGCGCGCAACUCGUUCGCCGCACUAUACAGCCAAAGUCCGUGUUCGCAGGAAAUCACCGCGCAGAUUGAUGAGAUCCGAGCCAACCUUGCGACUGAGCUUGCAAGCCUCAAAACUGUUUCGUGCUUGGAUAUUUAUCGCAGGAAGUAUAUCGUUCGCACCAUGACAUCUGCCAUGAUUAUGGUCGGACUCGCCAUAACCGGUAUCCAGUUUGUCCAACCGUACGCUACAACUUUUCUCAAAGGUGUUGGAAUGAGCGACCCAUAUUUAAUCAAUGUCAUCAUCGGCUUGUGCAUUCUAGGCGGAUCAUUCUUUGGCCCGUUCAUUGUGGAAUAUGGCGGAAGGAGACUUGCCAUGAUUUGGGGUUAUAUCGCCAUGGCUGCCUGCAUGCUCGCUCUUUCCUCUGUAAGCACCGCUCUCGGGAUGGACGAACGUGCUGAUAUAGUGACCGUUGUUCUUCUGUGCUUGUGGGCUUUUGUCUUUGGUGGGACUAUUGCUGCGAGUGCUAAUCUCUCUUCCGUGGAGAUGCACAGCGUCUCACUUCGCACCUUCGGGCAAGCCAAUACAACAGUGUUCUAUGGCGUCUUUGCCUUUGGUGCAACAUUUUGGACACCAUAUAUGUUAGACGCGGACUACGGGGACAUGGGUUCCAAUGUGGGCUAUUUCUAUGCAGCUGUAACCGCUGUCAUCGGGAUUUUGUCCUUUUUGUUCGUGCCAGAGACUGCUGGAAUUACGCUAGAGCAGAUUGACAAGGGCUUCAACUCAGGUAUCAAGGCGUGGAAAACUUCGCUGCCCAAGAAUCGAGCCAUUGCUUCUUCUCGGCAACGAAACAUGGCAGGUGGAAUGGUCGAAGCAUAA